CAUCUUACCACAACUACAAGGCACCUCCUCAUUUCCGGAUAAUUCGUUGUGGAAAUUGGUUGCUGUAGGUUACCACAUAUAAUUUUUACGUAAUGGGUUUUGUCAAAGUAGUGAAAAAUAAGCAAUACUUCAAGCGGUAUCAGGUUAAAUUCAAGAGGCGUCGUGAAGGAAAGACUGAUUAUUAUGCGCGUAAACGAUUGACGAUCCAGGAUAAGAACAAGUACAACACACCCAAAUAUAGGUUGAUUGUACGUUUAUCAAAUAAGGAUAUUACAUGCCAGGUUGCAUACUCAAGAAUUGAAGGAGAUAGAAUUGUGUGUGCUGCCUACAGUCACGAACUUCCCAAAUAUGGAAUUAAAGUUGGUCUUACCAACUAUGCAUCUGCUUACUGUACUGGUUUGCUUUUAGCUAGAAGACUCCUUAAAAAAUUGGGAUUGGAUACGUUGUAUGAGGGUACCACAGAUGUGACUGGUGAUGAAUAUAAUGUUGAGGGAUUAGAUGGUGGCCCAGGUGCUUUCAGAUGUUACCUAGAUACAGGAUUAAUGCGUACCACGACAGGUGCUCGAGUUUUCGGUGCCAUGAAAGGUGCAGUUGAUGGUGGUCUUAAUAUCCCUCAUAGUACUAAGAGAUUCCCUGGCUAUGACAGCGACUCAAAGUCAUUCAAUGCAGAUGUGCAUCGACAGCAUAUAUUCGGCCAACACGUUGCGAACUAUAUGAGAACUUUGGAAGAAGAGGACGAUGAAGCUUUCAAGAGGCAGUUCUCACAAUAUAUUAAGCAUGGCAUCACUGCGAAUGAUAUCGAGAACAUUUAUAAAAAGGCUCAUGAAGCUAUCCGAGACAAUCCAGAACAUACAAAGAUUACGAGGGAGAAACCACCUGUCAAGAAGAGAUGGAAUCGCGCGAAAUUAUCAUUAUCUGAGAGGAAAAAUCGUGUUGCCCAGAAAAAAGCUUCAUUCCUCAAGACCCUGGAAGAAGCUGAAGUGUAAUCAUUUUUUGUUUUGGCUCAUUCUUACAAUGUAUACACAAAUUUAUGUGUAUAAAUCAAUCAGGAAUAAAGAAAACUCAAUAUUUA